AUGGCCCUGAUCUUGGGACAUCGUUCAAAGACGUCGCAGGGCUGAGAACACACCGUCAUCGCAGUUUCUCGUUGUUCUGCUCCCUUUCGCUGAUGUUGUAGAGAUGCACGCUAGGGAAUGGGGAGCAGGACGCGAAAACAUGUCGAUCAUGACCUGAUCGAGUUAAUGCUCGCGAAGGGAACGCUGCUAUGCUUUUUGCUUUUUGCUUUUUCUCGCUUAACCCUUCAAAUCGUGGCUACCUGCCAUCUCUCAUCAUUCCCACUCCAUUUCUCCUCUAUGCUCUUCUCCCUUCCUUUAUUUUUCCUUUCCAUUCUCUUCCAUGUUCUCUUGUCGACAUUUUUUUGUUCACCGCCACCGUGCAAUUCAAGCUAACGCCGCCUCUUCCCGAUCGAUGAAACAGACAUGUCGUCCUCCCUCCUCUUUGGGUACCCGCAACUUGCCGUCAUUCCUAACGCCGGUAUCCUGGGCCUCGCCGCAUACUCCUUCGCCACCAUCGCACCCCUGUGGGUGUUCGCCUUCCUCGGACCACAGAUUCGCAAGCUUGCUCCGGAAGGAUUCACACUUUCGCAGUACAUUCGAGUGCGUUUUGGCUGGCCACUAGGUGUCCUUGCAGCAGUCGUCUUCGUCGGCUUCAUGCUCUGCUUCAUGAUCGUUGAGCUCAACACAUACGGCAGCGUCGUGAGCCUGCUCGGUGGAGUGAACCCUACCAUUGCCGCCUUAACCGUUGCGAUCACCACGACGAUCUACACCGCCUACGGAGGCUUUAAGGCCAGUCUGUGGACCGACAACGUUAACGCUAUCAUCAUUUCCAUCUUUAUCAUUCUUGCCGCUAUUGCAACAGGUGUAAAGAUCAAGAUCGACCCCUCCCGCAUCGAAUCGAGUGGCCUGCUCAAGCCGCAGCGCCUUGGUGGAGAAUUGUGGUACAUUCUCACAGUCGCUAUUGUCUUUUCGCAAAUGUUUAACCAGGGCUUCUGGCAGCGCGCCUUCGCUUCCAAGAACGACCGCACCCUCUAUUGGUCUGUCGGGCUCGCGACGGUGCCGCUUUUCGCCAUCUGCUUCCUCGUCGGCAUGACCGGACCGCUCGCUUGGUGGUCUGGACUCUUUGACGGCCCAACAGCCGAGGACGACGGCUCACAAACGUUCUUCUACGUUCUUGCCACUUUGCCAAAGUUGGUCCAGGGGGUCAUCCUCGUCCUUGCCGGCGCGCUCUCGUCGAGUGCGUACGAUACGCUGCAGUCGGCGCAGAUCUCCACCAUCGAGAACGAUGUCUUACUCGGGCGUGCCAACAUUUGGAUCUGCCGCGCUAUCCUCAUCUGCCUCAACAUCCCUGCUGUCGUCCUGGCCGUCAAGAACGUCAAUAUUCUCCAGGUCUUCCUCGUCGCCGACGUGCUGGCAGUCGCAAUCCUUCCGCCUGUCUUCCUCGGCCUCAUCCCGCAGCUAUGGUUCCUCGACGGCUUCGACGCCUUCAUUGGCGCCGCCGGAGGUUUCUUCAGCAUUUUCUUGGCUGGCCUGAUGAUCUAUGGCAACGCAGACGAGGCAGGUGCUCUUAUCACUCUCCCGCAAGGUCUCUAUAUCGAUGACAACUCUGUGCUCGCCGUAUUCUUCGCUGCCCCAAUCGGCUCUAUUGUCUUUACCUUUGUCGCCUUCCUCGCCCGCGCUGGCGCGAUGUGGGCCUUCUGCCGCUUCACCGGCCACGAGUACACCGUCUUCCACAAGCGCCACUUCGAUACUUCCGCCUUCGCCUUGCCGGAAGACCGACCGGCUGGAUUCCACAGUAUUCACGGCACCGGCAGUCCGGAUGAUCGACGCAAGCUCAGCGAUGAGGAUUCGAAGGGGGCAGCUGAGGUAGAGACUGCCACCGAAACUGAGAUCGAGUCCAAGCGUCACUGAAAGCUCUGCCGCUGCCUCAUGUAAGUCCCUUCGCUUUGGCUU